AUGGGUUCCGACGUGCGGGACCUGAACGCGCUGCUGCCCGCCGUGUCCUCGCUGGGCGGCGGCGGCGGCUGCGGGCUCCCCGUGAGCGGCGCGGCGCAGUGGGCACCCGUGCUGGACUUCGCGCCUCCGGGCGCCUCGGCUUACGGGUCGCUGGGCGGUCCCGCGCCUCCGCCCGCUCCGCCGCCGCCGCCGCCGCCACCCCACUCCUUCAUCAAGCAGGAGCCCAGCUGGGGCGGCGCCGAGCCGCACGAGGAGCAAUGUCUGAGCGCCUUCACCUUGCACUUCUCUGGCCAGUUCACCGGGACAGCAGGGGCCUGUCGCUACGGACCCUUCGGUCCUCCCCCGCCCAGCCAGGCGUCCUCGGGCCAGGCCAGGAUGUUCCCCAAUGCGCCCUACCUGCCCAGCUGCCUGGAGAGCCAGCCCACCAUCCGCAACCAAGGAUACAGCACGGUCACUUUCGACGGGGCGCCCAGCUACGGUCACACGCCCUCGCACCAUGCGGCGCAGUUUCCCAACCACUCCUUCAAGCACGAGGACCCCAUGAGCCAGCAGGGCUCUCUGGGCGAGCAGCAGUAUUCGGUGCCACCCCCGGUGUACGGCUGUCACACCCCUUCGGACAGCUGCACAGGCAGCCAGGCCCUGCUGCUGAGGACGCCCUACAGCAGUGACAAUUUAUACCAAAUGACCUCCCAGCUUGAAUGCAUGACCUGGAAUCAGAUGAACCUAGGAGCCACCUUAAAGGGCCACAGCACAGGAUAUGAGAGUGAGACCCACACAACCCCCAUCCUCUGUGGUGCCCAGUACAGAAUACACACCCAUGGUGUCUUCCGAGGCAUUCAGGAUGUGCGGCGUGUGUCUGGAGUGGCCCCAACUCUUGUCCGGUCAGCAUCCGAGACCAGUGAGAAACGUCCUUUCAUGUGUGCUUACCCGGGCUGCAAUAAGAGAUAUUUCAAGCUGUCCCACUUACAGAUGCACAGCCGGAAGCACACUGGUGAGAAACCAUACCAGUGUGACUUCAAGGACUGUGAGAGAAGGUUUUCUCGCUCAGACCAGCUCAAAAGACACCAAAGGAGACACACAGGUGUGAAACCAUUCCAGUGUAAAACUUGCCAGCGAAAGUUUUCCCGGUCCGACCACCUGAAGACCCACACCAGGACUCAUACAGGUAAAACAAGUGAAAAGCCCUUCAGCUGUCGGUGGCACAGCUGUCAGAAAAAGUUUGCCCGGUCAGAUGAAUUAGUCCGCCACCACAACAUGCACCAGAGAAACAUGACCAAACUCCAGCUGGCGCUUUGA